GUGCAGUGUCCAGUUGCUUCCUGGUAAUUUGUAUGUUUUGAUGUAGGUGUAUGUGUUUUGGUACUUUGAUCGUCAUAUAGGCCAUCUAAAAUCGAGUGCUAUUAAUACUGCUCUAACAGGCCGUUGUUGCCUAUGUGGUACUGUCAAAGCAAAAUAUGCAUUGGACAGUUCACUUGGAAGGUGGGCCACGACGUGUCAAUCAUGCAGCGGUUGCCAUUGGUGACAAGAUAUACAGUUUUGGUGGCUAUUGCACAGGAAUUAACUAUGAAGUGACCCGGCCCAUGGACAUUCACAUGCUUCAUACAGCAAGCUACCGAUGGGUUCUUCUGACGAUCUCUAAUCGGGAAGACCCUGACCUUGACCAGGUCCCGUACCAGCGGUAUGGCCACACUGCGGUUGCCUACAACAAUUGUGCAUACAUCUGGGGUGGCAGAAAUGACAAGGAGGGAUCAUGCAAUGUUCUAUAUUGCUACAAUCCUAGUGAAAAGAGAUGGACGAGACUAAAAACUUCAGGUCAGAUUCCAGGGGAGCGGGACGGUCACUCUGCCUGUCGCAUUGGACACAAGAUGUACGUGUUCGGUGGCUAUGAGGAGGUGCUCGACAAAUUCUCCAGAGAUGUACACUGCCUCGACCUAGAGACGCACAGGUGGAAGAAGCUCUCUGUAACGGGUACACCAGCUACAUGGCGAGAUUUUCACUCGGCUACUGGCAUCGGCACCAGAAUGUAUAUAUUCGGUGGGCGUGGUGACAGCCUCGCACCUUACCACUCUACGCAGGAGAUAUACUGCAACCGGAUUCACUUCUUCGACACCGUAUCGCUGACGUGGCAUACGCCGUGCACGACCGGUGUGAUACCGCGAGGCCGACGCAGUCACUCUGCCUUCGUAUACAAGGAUAAUCUGUUCGUCUUCGGAGGCUACAACAGUCUGACAGACCAACACUUCUCUGACAUGUACAAGUACGACCCGGAAAAAAGUCAUUGGUCAAAAGUACGUGUGCAUGGUUGUGGACCAUGUCCCCGACGAAGACAGUGCUGCUGCCUGGUGGACGACAGAGUGUUCGUGUUUGGAGGCACGAGUCCUUGCACUGUCAAGAGUCAGUGUGUCGAAUUUAAUCUCAUAGAUCUUUCUGAUCUCCACGUUUUGGACUUUUCACCAAGCCUGAAGACUUUGUGUAUGGUGAAUGCCGUCCGUCUAAAUCUGGAUAGGACCUACCUGCCUUCUGAUAUUAGGUGGGAGAUAACAGCAAUGACAUCAAACAGUAACAUCAGCAGAUCCCUCACGACUUCAGGCUGAGUUCUCUAUGAUUCAUCACAAACACAGCGUGAUACAGUAAUAUAAUUUCUUGCAUUAUAGUCUUGUUCGCCCUAACCUUUAGAAUUGUAAAACCUAGCAACAGGGUUUUGAUAACCUUACUGAGAGCUCAUUGCUGUCGAAAAAUACAUUUCAAGUACUUUGUGCUGAGGUUGGUAUCAUUAUCAGAGAAAGGAUAUUAGAUAAGUGUAUACACGUAAUUUAUAAUAACAAUUUCGAACUCGUGUCUGUUUUUUUUAUUUCAUGUAAGGUCUAGUGUAACGGUGAAUCGCAAUGAUAUUGAAAAUUGUUCACAUUUAUUCCACACAAUCUCUUUAGUACGUGUUAUCAGAUACAAAUCAAGGCAGAAAGGUACCACUUUGUAUUCAUGAAAAUAUCCCUACUCAAUCAAAUAACCUAAACGCAUUAUAGAAUAAUUGGCCAGGUGCUAAGCUGUAUCUGGCUGGCCCAGCAUCUGUGCUACAGAGCAAGGCAUACAUGCCCUGCUGUCAGACGAGGGGCUUUUGAAAGACGAUUUCUUUCAACGAUAAACGAGCAGAUAAAGAGACGUUUAUCUCUUAACUACCAUAGGCGAAGGAGCCUUGGAACGCCAAGGAAGUACACCCCUAGAGAAAAAAUUAGGUUAGAGCUGUAUAAACGCUGGAACUCUUCACUAAGUUUCUUCUGGCAACACCUGCGGCUGACCUAGUACCAGACACUUCGAUUUACCUUUCCCCUGGAUCACACUAUAGUGAAGUUGAGAGGAAUAGCCUGAAGAUAGACCUAGUCACGGUGUCUGUGCACAUACUCAGGCACAUCAUGGAGAGGAGACUCAGUUAUAAAGGUAGACACCACAUAGACGUCAUCAGUCAUCAGGUUUAAGUCUCCAGUUCUACUGGCGUAGAACCAGACGCCAGGGGUUGAUCUCAAACUGGGCAGCUACCUGUAAAUAAGGUGCUGUACUGCCACUGGCUGUUUGUCUUGACUGAUGGACGCAGGACAGACUCGGGGCUUUUUUAAAUCUAACAAUAGGUCAUUGUCCCUGCACCAAUCACUACCGCCGCCUCUUGAAGCAGUGAAGAAGUUUACCUACUCUGAUUUCAUGAAAGUUUAUAAAAAAUACAUGGCUCUAUUGUAUUUACAUAAACCUACUCACGCAACUCAUUCUGGUGGAACAGUAGUAAAAGUUUUUGAAAAGCAAGUAUGAGUUUGAGAUUAAUACAAAGAUCCUAGCAUUUGAGUUGUAAGCUUUUGCAGUCAAGUGUAUUUGAAAUGGGCACAAUUUUCAUGGUUUUCCAGUGGUACAUUUCUUUUUAUCUUUUUUUUCUGCUGAUACACCUGCCUUUGCAGGUGGCAGUAACCUGAGGUGGCAGUACUUUUGCGUUUAGUACAAAUCAUGCUAUUCGAUCACUUUAUUGCUGCAAGAUCUUGAUUUUGACGCGAAAACUGUAAAAUGUCGGCAACAUAAUCAUCUAUGUACGCAAUAUUCCUUAAAACUGUACAGGUUGUGAAAUUACCUUAUUUUUCAGAGAAAUAUGCCAGUCUAAGCCUGUCACAGUAUUCUUUUCUGAAAAUAUGCAUAUUUAACCUUUACGCAGUGGCAUAGCAUGAUGCUAGCCACGAUUAUAAUGAUGAUGAUGAUGAUGAUGAUGAUGAUGAUGGCGAUGGUGGUGGUGGUGGUGGUGAUGAUGAUGAUGUCGGUUGUUGACAAUGAAGAUGAUGACGGCAGCUAUAGAGGACGAACAAGAUAAUGCGGAUGAUGAUUGUGAUGCUGACACUCACAGUAGUCAUAACAAUGCCGGCAAUGACAAUGACGCUGACGGGAAUGAAGGGCGAUAAGUCAGUGCCAUUGAAAUGUCACCCUGUGACCAUAGUCGAUUAUACAAACAUGGUCACAUGCAUUUAUGCUUUCGUCGGCCUAGAUUGAGAUUAAUGUAUGCAUAGGUUUUUGCUCUUGAAAUAUUUAUGUGAAUUGCAGUGCAUGGUGACAUGAUUGUGUACAUGGGCCGAUUUAUAUAGUAGUCCGGUUUGCCUUGUACCAGUUUGAGCCUUGCUUAGUUUUUAUACGCAAUACGACCGGAGCUAAUACAAAUACAGGCUGUGUUUGGAACUUUGGGUUUGGACAGAUUGCAGGCACACUGAUCAUUCCAAUAAUAAUCAUUCCAAUUCAUAAUUGCACUACCGUGCCGAGAUUCUAAGUAGAAUUACCAGGUGAGAUGGAGUACGAAAACAUUAGGACUUUAGUACUUAGUAGUUUCAAUUUGGUUACUAUAAUUUUAUUAUUGAAAUGACCAAGGUGCCUGUUGCACAGUUUCGCAAAGAGGUGACAGUGCUUGAGAUAUUAUUUUACUACUAUUAAAAGUGGAAAACUGACAUCGCAGUCGUAGGCAGUUGGAGAUGCCGUGUUGAAUAUAUAUAUAUUUGUACACGUAUAAAUAUAUAUAUAUAUAUAUGUAUAAUAUAUAUAUAUAUAUAUAUAUAUAUUGCUAAUGAGGGUAGACAUGUAGGCACAGUGAGUUGCAUUUGUGUUUGUAACAGCUAAGAUUGAUGGUGUCUAUUUGUUAAUUUCAUAACGAUGUUUUAUAUAGGUGUAAUAAUUACUAGACCAGCUACUCGUGUUCUCUAUAUUUUUUGCAGGGGAUGAAUGUAGCAGAUGUGUAUUGGUUGCAUUUUGGAUGCCAACAUAGCUAUAUAUAUAUAUAUAUAUUACUAGCGUCCUGACUGUACAGCAAGUAUCAUAGUAGUUUCUAGGAGCGCGAAUAUAGGUAUAAUAUUGGUUUGUUAUUGGAGUGUACAGUAGAUAAUUCCAGUACCAUAGUUCGUUGGCCACACGUGAACACAUUGCGAGUUCCUGUCCCUUCCUUCUGGUUUUGUAGGGCUUGAUAGUUUCUUGGCAGACUACCGGUUACGUUGGUUUCUUGACGUGGCUACCACAGUUUUUAAUAUUCAUCUCGACUGACCAGACGUUCUGAUUUGAUUUGAUCGAGAGCACAUGAAGCGUUUAUCUGCUCUUGAUUGGAUCUAUCUUAACUGAAUACAAGCAUUGAACUCUUGGUAGAGUCUUGACACACCAGACGUCUUAAUAUUUGAAUCUUCUUUCUAUUCGAUAUAUUGUUUCGUUGAUUUAAAUAAGGUUAUCAAGAGGUUUUACGAGUAACAUUAUUGUUUUCUUUUUGUGUUUGAUCCGCUUUGGUGAUGGCAUAUAAUGGGAGUGUAAUUGAGUAUAUAUCUCUUAAUGCCUACAGGUGCGUUUUAAAGUCGUUAUACAUUGCACUAGUUAGCAAUCUGUAAAUAGUAUUGUUUAACACGUAGUCAUAAUGUUUGUAUGAAUCGGAUGGGUUCGGUUUCGUGUGUGAUUAUUCGUGUUUCGUUUGUUAUUCACCACGAAUCCAGGUUCAGCCUGAUUAAAAAAUUCAUUGUUCGCUAUUCA